AUAGACUUCAUCCACUUCAAACGUUUGCAAUAGAGAUUGACAUUUUUAUUUACUUUUUGGAUCGCAAAGUGAGGUGUUAAAAUCUAUUUUAUUCAAUUGACCUCUUGAUUCUCUUGUAAAAAAUAUAAAUUUAGUCAGACAUCAAAACAACAAGUGAAAAUGCCUCGUAUUAUGAUAAAGGGUGGUGUGUGGAGGAACACCGAAGAUGAAAUCCUCAAAGCGGCGGUGAUGAAAUAUGGCAAAAAUCAGUGGAGUCGAAUCGCCUCACUGUUACAUCGAAAGUCAGCGAAACAGUGCAAAGCUCGUUGGUAUGAGUGGCUGGAUCCGAGUAUCAAGAAGACGGAAUGGUCAAGAGAAGAAGAUGAAAAGUUGCUUCACUUGGCUAAGCUUAUGCCGACACAAUGGCGAACUAUUGCACCAAUUAUUGGACGAACUGCUGCACAGUGCUUGGAAAGAUACGAAUAUUUACUUGACCAGGCCCAGCGAAAAGAAGAUGGAGACGAUACCAUUGACGACCCUCGUAAACUUAAGCCCGGAGAAAUCGAUCCGAAUCCAGAAACCAAACCAGCUCGACCAGAUCCAAAGGACAUGGACGAAGACGAGUUGGAGAUGUUGUCUGAAGCUAGAGCAAGACUGGCCAAUACGCAGGGUAAAAAGGCGAAACGCAAAGCUCGUGAAAAACAAUUGGAAGAAGCAAGACGUUUGGCAGCCUUGCAAAAACGUCGUGAAUUGCGUGCUGCUGGUAUUGGCUGCGGAAAUCGGAGACGACUCAAAGGAAUCGACUACAAUUCCGAGGUACCAUUCGAAAAAACGCCGGCGUUAGGUUUCUAUGACACUACCGAAGAGCAUGUGGAGAAAUUGGAACCCGACUUCAAUAAGAUGCGCCAGCAAGAUCUUGACGGUGAACUGAGAACGGAGAAAGAGGAACGAGAACGGAAAAAGGACAAAGCAAAAUUGAAGGCGAGAAAGGAAAACGAUGUUCCGAUGGCUAUGCUUCAGAAUCAAGAACCAGCUAAGAAACGCUCCAAAUUGGUUCUUCCCGAACCUCAGAUAUCCGAUCAGGAAUUACAGCAAGUGGUAAAAUUAGGUCGUGCCAGUGAAAUUGCUAAAGAAGUCGCUUCCGAAAGUGGAAUAGAAACAACUGACGCUCUAUUAGCCGACUACAGCAUAACACCACAAAUUGCAGCAACACCAAGAACACCGGCACCGUUCACCGAUCGUGUUAUGCAAGAAGCUCAGGCGAUAAUGGCGUUGUCACAUGUUGACACUCCUCUAAAAGGUGGAGUCAACACACCUUUGAUUCAGACGGAUUUCAGUGGUGCAUUGCCUCAAAAUUUACAAAUGGCAACACCAAACACAGUUUUGGCGACUCCAUUCAGAUCUACUCGAGCGGACGGAUCGGCAACACCGGGAUUUCUCACACCCAGUUCUGGAGCAGUUGUCCCAAUGGGUCAAUCUGGUGCAGCUAAUCCAUCGUAUACGCCGUCAUUCGUUCGAGAUAAGCUUAACAUCAAUCCAGAUGACAGUAUGUCUGUCACAGAGACUCCUGCAGCCUAUAAAAAUUAUCAAAAGCAGUUGAAGGGAUCGUUACGCGAUGGUCUUGCUUCACUUCCAGCUCCUCGUAAUGAUUACGAAAUCGUUGUGCCGGAAGACGAAGACGGUAACGUUGAAAUGACGGACGUUAGUGCCGUAGUUGAGGAUCAGGCAGAUGUUGAUGCAAGAUUUGUUGCCGAAGAAAAAGCAAAACGUGCUGCCGAACUUGCACGUCGUUCACAGGUUGUCCAAAGGGACCUCCCUCGACCAAUGGACAUAAAUACAACUAUUCUGCGACCACCCGGUGAAAUGAAUAAUUUAACUGAUCUACAGAAGGCGGAGGAGCUCAUCAAACAAGAAAUGGUGACGAUGUUACAUUACGAUGGCUACCACAAUCCGAUCGUUGCGCCAGCUCAACUGAAAAAGCAAACGUCGCUGCAACAGCUACAAGCUUACUUGGAUCACAAUUCCUAUGAUGAAUUCAACGAUCGUGACUUGAACAAGGCAAAGCAAUUGCUGAAUGAUGAAAUGCUUGUAGUUAAGAACGGUAUGGCUCACGGUGAUCUGUCCAUCGAAAGUUAUUCGCAGGUGUGGAAGGAGUGUUUAGCACAGGUGUUAUAUUUGCCAAGCCAAAAUCGAUAUACGCGGGCGAAUUUGGCGAGUAAAAAGGAUCGCUUCGAAUCGGCAGAAAAGAAGCUCGAACAAAACCGAAAGCAUAUGGCACGCGAAGCGAAGCGAUGCGGUAAAGUCGAAAAGAAACUAAAAGUUUUAACUGGCGGAUAUCAGGCUCGAGCACAGGCGCUGAUAAAACAGUUGGAAGACACGUAUGAGCAGAUUGAACAGAAUAAUUUGGCACUGUCCACUUUCAAGUUCUUAGCUGAUCAAGAAGAUCUGGCCGUUCCCCGAAGAUUAGAGUCAUUAAAUGAGGAUGUGGCCCGUCAAAUGGAUCGAGAGAAACAAUUGCAAGGAAAGUACGCCUUUCUUCUGGCAGAAUUAAAUGAACUGAAAGUUACGAACGAACCAUCAACAUCUGAAACCAACGGACAAAAGAUCGAUGAAGACAUUGAAAUGUAAAGAAUGAUUUAUUAUUGCACAGACGACCUCUUCUCUCCGGAAAGACGUUGCUGAAUAAGUGAAUAAAAUUGAAAUUAUGACAAGCCCAA